AGGGGCGUGCCCUCUGUUGUCUGUGUUCGGUUAAAGAUUUGAAAUAGAAGACAACAGACUGCUCGGCUGUGACAGUUUCUGGCUUUUAAAGGCUUUUUCUUGAAUUAAAGGUCCUUGUGAACGUUUACAGAUUGACUCUCCACAAUGAGCCGCGACUGAAACACUAACAGCAGCAGAUAGAGACUGUGAGCUUCCUGCUAAAGAAAGAAGGGAAGGAGGACAGCAGCACACACCUCAAGAGAGGACAAAGAGAAAGACGUCAUGUUCAAAACAAUCAGCCGUCUGCUUUUUGGGGGAGAGGAGGAGACCCCUGAAACAGUCAAGUCUGGAGAAGAGGUGGAAGAAGAGUGGCUUGUCGUCAGUCAUCAAGAGGCAGGUUCAGCAGAAAACCAGGAUGCAAAACUGACUGACAUCCAACCGUCAAACUCCACCCCACAUGGGGACACAGUCGCAGCUGUGGCAGCUGACAUCAGUGUUUUGGAUCCAGAGCCUGCGGUUGAAAGCAGCAGCAGCCCCAGUCGAGCCAUCUCAGGCUCCAGUUCACAGCCUAAGGCUUUGCUAGAAGUGACAAAGAUAACCUCCACUCAGAAGGCCAAGACCUGGGCAGACCGACAGCACAUGACUCGUAACGCCAUCCAGCGCCAGAACCGUGUUCGUCAAGGCGUCCAACAUCACUCCUUCCCCCUCCAACAGCCAGGACAUCGCAACCUCUGCCACUAAGGCUCUGGUGCCACUACUGCAUAUGUUAACCAAGAGAUGAUCUCACAACACUCAUCAUACACUUAUUUAACAUACACUGCAAUAUAUACAUACACACACACCUUUUAGUCUUGUGUAGACAUAAGCUAUACAUCUAGUCUGGAUGUAAUUACAACAACAACUCUUACCACCAGGUAGUAGGCAGCUACUUUAUGACUUGUACUGUAUCUGAAUUUGGAGUGCUAUUGUUCACCUCAUGUAAUGAGAUGUUUUGUUUUUUUUUGUUUGUGUGCAUGUGGAUGAAAAAAGUGCAGCCAAUGCAAAUGUAUGCUGUAACAUUUUGGAGAAAGUGAUGUGAUUUGUGCAUGGACAUGCAUUACCUCUAGCCUAUACUCGACUGAGAUGAUCGAUCAUCUGAUCCAAUAUUCAGCUUUAUUUUAAUCAGUGUUUCUUUAGUUUGUUUUUUUUUAUCCAAUUGUCAAUAAAAUAAAUUAAUUUAAAACUAUG